AGGGAGCUGACCAUGCGUAGGGGGCAUUCUGGUGCGUUCAUGAAUGUUAGCUAGGUUGAGCGUGGUCGGACGUGACGUACCAUUUGCGAAUAAAGCGUCUCUUAGUUGGACUGUGGGCCGGACCGUCUUGAGCACGGCGUUUGAGAGGUGAAGCCAGGAGGCUGACCGGCUGAUCGAUGAUAUUUAAUUCGACGGAUGUCCAUGCUGAACGAUGGCUUGAUUUUUUGCAGCACUUACGGAUGGGCAACGUGCGAGAAGCUGACGUGCGAAUGCUAAAGGAACUCGUAAUUGAUAAUCCGAAUGGGCCACAGAUAAGCUUCACCUCACCUCCAUGGAACUCAGCAAUAUUGGUCACCCCACGGCAUGGUGUACGAGAAGCCUGGAAUGAGGCUGCGCUCGACCGGCACUGUAAACAGAGCGGACAAAAGAUGUAUAUCUGUACGGCAGAAGACAAUGUAGAAGGACGACCACUGAAUGUGCACGAGAAGAUAGCACUUGCCAGAUCUGAACACCGACCAGCACGACAUCAGAAACGACGACUUCCUCGCGAGAUCAAACUGGCGGUUGGGAUGAAAGUCAUGGUAACUUUGAAUAUCGCCACAGACCUGGACAUCGCAAAUGGAGCACGAGGAGAGAUCAGAAGAAUCGUCCUACAUCCAGAAGAGCCAGAACACGGAGACGAACGUGUAGUGAGGUUACAACACCUACCGGCAUACAUAAUUGUCAAGCUCGAUAGGACGAAA